CCCCUCGCACCCAGCGGAGGGAGAGGGGACGCGAGGCGGCACUCCCGCGCGUGUGUGGCUCACGCCGGCCGGAGGAGGAGAGGCGCGCUCCAGGCGGGAGGGCAGCGCGGUGCUAGGGGCGCCGGGCCCCCGGAGCUCUGCCCCGCCCGGCCCUGGCCGCCAGCGCGGCCGCCAGCGGCUUCCUGCAGCCGGGGCGCCUGAGCGAGCCGCAUCCCCUGCGCCCGCGAGCUCCCCGCACCCCCAGCGCCCCCCAUCAUGAGUCCCGUGAGCCGCCCGUGAAUCGCCCGCGGAGCCUGGCCCACGACUGCUGCAGCUGCGCGCGUGGAGCUGUCCGGAAGUUGGAAUGGAAUGUGAGCCAUGAAUGGUGAUGCCCCUUGUCAGGACACCUCCUCCCAGGUCCCCGACUGGCGGGAGUUCUGUGAGCUGCACGCCCAGGCGGCUGCCGUGGACUUUGCCCAGAAAUUCUGUCGGUUCCUCCGGGAGAACCCGCAGUACGACACUCCGGGAGCCGAGGCCUCCUUCUCCCACCACUUCGCUGCCAACUUUCUGGACGUCUUCAGCGUCGAGGUGAGCCGGGUCUUCGUCUCUGACUCGCCCACCAAGUACAACAUCGUCCCCUUCGUGGGGCUCCAGCCCUGCCACAUGCCCAAUGCCCGAGGGCCGCUGCCCUGUAGAGAGGAGACCUCAACCGAGUCCCUCGACAGCAUGGACCCUGUGGCCGGGGUGGCCCCCACCCGAUACCUGAGCCAGGCCCAGCAGGCUCAGGCCCACAAGGUCUCUUCCUACGGCCACUCCCGAAGCUCAGAGGACGUGUCUUUCAGUGCCGCGGCCAAACCGCGAUUCAAGAAGGGCUUCUCGUUGCGUAACAUGAGCCUGUGUGUGGUGGAUGGCGUGAAGGAGAUGUGGCACCGGAGGGCAUCCCCUGAGCCUGAGGCAGGCCAACCGUCGGGGCUUCGAGGGGGAGAGCCUCCGGCAGAGCCCCGGGAGAAGUGGGCCCACCGGCUGAGGCUCUCCCGGGGCCCAGCCUCCAAGGUGGAAUUGGCAGACAUCCAGCGAGAGGGGACGCUGCGCUACAUGGUGGCCGAUGACUCCAGCUGCGUGGGCGGCUCCCAGUGGCAGAAGUGCCGGCUGAUGCUCCGGAAGGCUGUGAAGGUGGAGGGCGAGAGGUUCUUGUUAGAAUUCUACGUCCCCCCCAAGGCCUCCAAACCCAAGGUGAGCAUCCCUCUCUCUGCAAUCAUCGAGGUCCGGACCACCAUGCCCCUGGAGAUGCCAGACAAAGACAACACUUUUGUGUUAAAGGUAGAGAAUGGAGCUGAGUACAUCCUGGAAACCAUCGACUCCCUGCAAAAACACUCAUGGGUGGCCGACAUCCAGGACUGCACAGACCCCGGAAUCAACAAUUCUGUUGUAACCCAGCCUCUGGGACAGACUCAACCCAGACUCUCCCACAGCUACCUUCGCCCACCAGACAGUGGGGACGACAUUGAGCUUUCCUCCUGUGCCCAGGGCGGCUGCCUUCCCGGCCGGGUAUCUUCUUGCAGCUGUGAAUUCCUCACCGAGGAUGUCCCCCGGCCCCCGGAGAGGUGCUCUGGGGCCCCGGAGUCAGCACUGGGUGCAGUGGUCACAGCCCCCCACGGCAGGGCCAGGGACUCCACAGGAGAGCAGUUGACCCACGUCCCUCUAGAGAACUUCCUUCAGACCCUGGAGUCUCCCGCCAGCACCAGUCACACAGGGGAGGAAUGCAGCCAGGUGGAUCUGGAGAUUGUCCUUUCAGACUAUCCCUGGUUCCAUGGGACUCUGUCCAGGAUCAAGGCAGCCCAACUGGUCCUGGCAGGAGGAGCCAGGAACCACGGCCUCUUUGUCAUCCGUCAAAGUGAAACACGGCCAGGGGAGUAUGUGCUGACCUUCAACUUCCAGGGCAAAGCCAAGCACCUGCGCCUGUCCCUGAAUGAGAAUGGUCAAUGCCACGUCCAGCAUCUCUGGUUCCAGUCCAUCUUUGACAUGUUGAGGCACUUCCACACCCACCCUAUCCCCUUGGAGUCUGGGGGAGCUGCCGACAUCACCCUUCGCAGCUACGUGCUAGCCCAGGCCCCCUUGCCCGUUCACAGGGGUGUCAGUCAGACUGAAACAGGAAGAGAGACCCAGGCCUCCCAGGAAGCCUCCCAGGGAGGCAGUGGGCUGCAUGGGGAAGGGAGAAAUCUUGCUUCACAUGCUUGCAGGCUGUGUGACCCUGGACCCUGGCCCGGCUCCCAGCACGGCCCCCCCGCCUCCCAGCUGCUGGAGCGAGCCCCCCACCCAGCAUUAUUUCUCCAGCUUCGGCCCUGGGCCCUUCCAGCCAGCUUCUCCCUCCGAGGGCGGGGGUGCCUCUUCCUCUUCAGCCUCCUCCUCCUCAGGCACCGUCCCGCACCCACAGUACCAUCGCACCGAGGGCACGCUGAGCGCCCGAAGCCGCAGCAACAGUGCCGAGCGCCUCCUGGAGCCUCCUGGCCCUGGGACGGAGGACUACCAUGACAGUGAGGGUGCCCGCAGUAGGGCCCGGGCGGUAGAGAACCAGUACUCUUUCUACUAGGCCCAGAGAGCUCGGCCUCCCAUACCCAGGGAGCAGAAUCCCUGUGGCUUGUGGGCGAGGACACCCCCUUCUCUGAUGGGUGGAGGGAUUGUUUGGCCCUUCGUGGUUCUGGAGAAAUCCCUCUGAGUCUGGCUGGCAUUCAGAGCUGGCCACGGUCUCUCCUUUUUCUUUCCCUUCCCUCUCCUGUGUUUCUCUCUGCCUUGGUCACACCCCCUUUGGUUACUGCUCUGGAAAUGCGCCCACUAACCCAUUCUGGGGGGAGGGGGUAUGGGCCACUGCCCCGUGGCCAGGAUCUGAUUUCCCUUUCCCAGUCCUCCUCCCCCCAUGGAACGGCCCAUGGGUCGUGGGAUUGAGUGCUCUAUCAGAAGCUCUUCAGUGAAGAUAUGGAUGUGAUUAAAGAGCCUGUUUUAGGGACUGCAGCAAU